GAGUUCUCGGGAUCGGCUUCCCUGGAGUUCCCCGGACUCAGCUCCCUGGGCAGUCAUUUAUCUCUCCGUCACUAGGAGGCAUCCUUGCUAGCCGGGCGGGGAAGCUCUGCCUCCGCAGGAGGAAUGUAAGGUGGUGAGUCCGCCACCGGAGAUUAGGGACGGUGGAAUCUCGCAUUUGUUCCCGGAGCAGCAGCAGCUGUAGCUGGUGUAACCGCGCAGGGGGCAGAGUCCACCAGCGGGAGCGAGAGGGCGGGAGCUACCACCUUUAGUAGGAGGGUGAAUGCAGAGCCAGAAGCAGAAACACCCACCGGCAGCAGCAGCGAGGCUUCUGUGAAGAGCAUCUCCCCUCCCCUUUCUCCCUCUCUCCCUCCCUCCCUCCACACCCCGCCCGGUACUAGAGGGACUGCAGCUCUGGGCCCGUGAUUGCCCUGGGGGCUCGGAGGGGGGAGGGUUUUCCUCCCCAUCUAACCUCGUGCAUAUCCAGCCUCUCCCCUGCCCUGCCCGGCUGCCAGCGCGCAGUUCACCUUUGUGAGUGUAUUCUUGCUCCCCUUCCGCGCAGCAGCACUUAAAAGGAUUUGGUUGCCAUGGUGAAGGAGAAAGUGGCCCACCCUCAGGACCCUCAUCACCCAUCAGAGAAGCCUGUCAUCCAGUGCUACAAGUGUGGAGAACCAUGCAAAGGUGAAGUGCUCCGGGUUCAAACCAGGCAUUUCCAUAUAAAAUGCUUCACCUGCAAAGUAUGUGGCUGUGACCUGGCUCAAGGAGGCUUCUUCAUAAAGAACGGAGAAUAUCUCUGCACCCUGGAUUACCAGCGAAUGUAUGGAACACGCUGUAAUGGCUGUGGGGAAUUUGUGGAGGGAGAGGUAGUGACAGCUCUUGGGAAGACCUAUCACCCUAACUGCUUUGCCUGUACCAUUUGCAAACGCCCAUUUCCACCUGGAGACCGAGUUACCUUCAAUGGAAGGGACUGUCUUUGUCAGCUCUGUGCUCAGCCAAUGUCUUCCAGCCAUAAAGAGGUCUCAAGCUCCAGCAAUUGUGCUGGCUGUGGCAGAGACAUAAAGAAUGGGCAGGCACUGCUGGCUCUGGAUAAGCAAUGGCAUCUGGGGUGUUUUAAGUGCAAAUCCUGUGGAAAAGUCCUCACUGGAGAAUACAUCAGCAAGGAUGGAGCUCCUUACUGUGAAAAGGACUAUCAGGGGCUUUUUGGUGUCAAGUGUGAAUCUUGUCAACAAUUCAUCACAGGGAAAGUUUUAGAGGCCGGUGAUAAACACUACCAUCCAAGCUGUGCGCGAUGCAGCAGGUGCAACCAAAUGUUCACAGAAGGAGAGGAAAUGUAUCUUCAAGGUUCCACCGUUUGGCAUCCCGACUGUAAGCAGUCUACUAAGACAGAGGAAAAACUCCGGAAACCUCCAAAUAUGCCACGUUCCUCAUCUGAAUUCUUUUAUCCUAAAAGUCUGAUUCGCCGAACACAACGCUCUCCACAGCUGUUACCAUCACCCUGUCUAGUGAACUUCAACAAAAACCAAAGGCAGCCAACCAGGACAUCUUCUGAAAGUAUUUAUUCCAGACCAGGAUCAAGCAUCCCUGGCUCUCCAGGUCAUACCAUCUAUGCAAAAGUUGACAAUGAGAUCCUAGAUUACAAGGAUUUAGCAGCCAUUCCCAAGGUCAAGGCAAUUUAUGACAUUGAACGUCCAGAUCUUAUUACCUAUGAGCCAUUCUACUCUUCAGGCUAUGAGGACAAACAGGAGAGACAGAGCCUUGGAGAGUCUCCAAGGACUCUAUCUCCCACACCAUCUGCAGAAGGAUACCAGGAUGUUCGCGAUCGAAUGAUCCAUCGAUCAACUAGUCAGGGCUCCAUUAAUUCUCCUGUCUACAGCCGUCAUAGUUACACUCCAACAACAUCACGUUCUCCACAGCAUUUUCACAGACCUGAGCUGCUGUCUCCUGGUGUGCAGCGGUUAUCACACCUGCGCACUAGUAGUCUCAGCUCCACCCACAAUGACACCCGCCCCAACUCCCCAUUCCGACACCACUUCUUUCCCCAUAUCAAAGCUUCAUUUUACAUUGGCAAUGAGCCAUCCAGCGGCCGGAACUCCCCUCUCCCUUAUCGGCCAGACAGCCGCCCUCUAACUCCAACUUACGCUCAGGCCCCUAAACAUUUCCAUGUUCCAGAUCAAGGGAUCAACAUAUACCGAAAACCACCCAUCUACAAACAACAUGAUCCAGCUGCCCUAGCAGCACAGAGCAAGUCUUCAGAGGAUAUCAUCAAGUCCUCCAAGUUCCCAGCAGCUCAUGCUCCAGAUCCCAACGAGAUACCAAAGAUUGAGACGGACCACUGGCCAGGUCCCCCCUCACUUGCUGCCGUAGGAACAGAUAUGAGGCGCAGAUCAAGUGGCCGUGAGGAAGAUGAGGAAGAGCUUCAGAGACGCAGGCAACUUCAAGAAGAGCAGCUAUUGAAGCUCAACUCAGGUCUGGGGCAAUUGAUACUGAAGGAAGAAAUGGAAAAGGAGACUCGGGAAAGGACUUCCCUUUCAGCAAGCCGAUAUGAUUCACCACUAAAUUCAUCUCUACAUACUUCAUCUAAAACCUCUUCCCUUCCUGGUUAUGGAAAAAAUGGUCUACACAGGCCCGUUUCUACUGAUUUUGCCCAAUACAAUAGCUAUGGUGAUGUCAGUGGUGGGGUCCGAGAUUUCCAGACCCUCCCUGAUGGCCACGUACCUGGAAUGCGAAUGGACAGAGGAGUGUCCAUGCCUAAUAUGUUGGAGCCAAAGAUUUUCCCAUAUGAAAUGCUCAUGGUGACCAACAGAGGGCGGAAUAAAAUACUAAGAGAUGUAGACAGAACCAGACUUGAGCGCCAUUUGGCACCUGAAGUGUUUCGAGAAAUAUUUGGAAUGUCAAUACAGGAGUUUGACAAGUUACCUCUUUGGAGACGCAACGAUAUGAAGAAAAAAGCAAAACUCUUCUAAGUCACAUAUGCCCAUCAAUUUGAAAAGUUAAUGAAGAUGCUGCAUAGGAUAUAGUAUUAAACAAUGGCCACGUUUGAUUGGAGAACUUACAAACUACUUCUCCACAGCAACAACAAAAAGGGAAAAAUCUGAUUGAGCACCCGUGAUCUAAGCAUUGGCCUACCAACAGCAACACUUGCCAAGAAGCAAUGGGGUGGAACUUUAUAUGUUCCAAAACUUGACAGUAGUUUUCAUGUGUGACCUUUUUACAUUAUCUUCUGUACAUGAUUUGAGCCACUUUCUUAUUUUGUUUCCCUUUAACUGUUGUCCAAAAUACAACAGACUUUAUUGGUUAAGCCAGGAAGUGCCCUUAAGAUGCUGAAUGGGGGGGAAAGUAGUUAUGAUAACUCCAAAAAAUGAUUAUACAUAUUACAGUACUGUGGUUAAGGGGAAAAAAACCCAACAACCUGUGUAACAUAUCCAAAUGGUAACAUUAGUCAUAUUGCACAAAUAUUUCUUAAUUGGCUUCAUUUAAAAGUGCCCAUUCUGUAGCUGUAGUAGAAAUGAAAGAGGCAGACACCUGAGUAAACUACUCCAUUGGGCUGCUUACCAAUGGAAUGAUUUUAAAUGUGCUCCUCACUCUCUGCUGCAUACAUUUGCUAGGAUGUGGUUGGUGAAUUUCUGUGCUUUUGUAAACAGCAUUUCUCCCUCCUCACUUUUUUUUUUCUUUUUGCUUCAGAUAAUUUAGUUUAAGCUUAAUCUACCCAGCAAAGGCAAGUAGCAAACCUGAACCCAGCUUGCAAAAAGAGAGGAAGGAAAGCUCUCCUUCAGAUUGACCUGGGUUACAUUCUUUUUGAGGGACCCAUGCCACCAAGUUGCCCCAGGAAGCACACCAUGUUAUAGAAAAUAACAUUUCAUGUUCUUUUGCCAAUGCAAAUGUGCUAGCCUGGCAUCUUCCAUAUAGUAUGUGACACAUAUCAUAUAUCAAGCUGAAGGUCAUUUCAACCAUAGUCUAAGGAAGGAUAUGUUUUCUCUCUUUCGAAUUUACUCAAUUAAAGAUGAGAAAGAGGAAGUUGGCUUUCCUUUGUGUCUUCUACUAUUUAAGUCAAGGUUUACUGAAUAGAAUUUUUGAAUCAUGUGCUUCAAAAAGCUCAUUUCUGCAUGAAUGUUAUACUUUUUGAAGGAUAUGUCAAUGAAAUGUACAGGGGGACAGCUCAUUUCUAUGGAAGGAUGAGUCUACCUUUCUAUCCCCUGGUGAAAAGCAAGACGAGAUAUAGAGCUUUUUAAUCUUAUAUUGGCACAUGGAAGCCUCUUUCUAAUGAUGCACUGGUAUUAUUACCCAUCUCUUGCUUUGAGUGACAUCCAAAUUCUGACUGCAGAGCAAAAAAAAUUAAGAUAACUUUGUAACUUGACAGAUCAAACCAUUUGCCCUUGAUGUUCAAAGUCUUGUAAGAGGAGAGUAUAUAUAUCUUAAAAUGGGAUUCCAGAGAUCCCUUGAAACUUAAAUACAACUUAGUCAAACUACCUGAUCACCUUAGAUCACUCACACUGAACAAGAGCCAUUCAAAUUUGGCUCAUUGUACCUGGCCUCCACUGAAACCACUGGUGCAGGAGUCAAAACAUGGCUUUGAAGGUCCCUAUAGAAACCAAAGGAGAACAUGUUUGAGUUGCUCUGCAAGAAUGCCAUUUUUGGCAAAAGAAUAGUUUCUUCUCUUGACACCAUUUUGGGAAUAAUAUUAGUUGUCUGUCAUGCAGCCUAUGGUGAAAACAAAUAGAUUUGUUUUCCAAAUGGGCACUGUUUGUAAGGUUACAAGGGGAAGUGUUAUGUGGGUACAACACACUUAAUUGUACUAGGUGCUAUAAUAGGGAGUAGAAUCCAUGUAUAGUGGUCUUUUUUUAUUUACUAACCUAGUUGAAGCCAUCUAAUUUUAUUGUACCUUCAGAAUCAUGAAGUAAAUAUUCAAGGACCGUUCUUGCAUAUAUGUAUCUAUAUGUGUAUGUAUAUAUAUCUUAAAUCUACUAAAUCAUUUAACAAAUUGUUCCCCUGGUAGUCAUACUGGGUUAUUUUUUUUUUUUUUAAUGAAAACUCCUGCCUUCAUUUUUGUCCCUUGAAGCAUUCAGUGCUUUAUUACCUACUGUGGUGAGAAUGUCUAUUGCUGUCAUCUCUCUGAACUUUCCUAUGACUGCAACCCUUGCCAAAAUCCUUUUUCAUACUUUAUUGUCUCGUGAUCUUCUCUGGCAAAGCAAGCUGUCUAGUGUUUUGUGCUCUUUCAUAGUUCUACAUGGCUUUUUUUUUUUUUUAAUAGGAGGGAUGUAUUCCCAGAGUUUAGCCAUCAAAGUAAAUGAGGAAACUACUUGGGUAAAAUUCCAGUCCUUUGACUUUCAUAUUAUUUUUCAUCUAAUGAGGAAAAAAAUAGUGGCUCUUAAUAAUUUUAUAUUCUUAUCACUUAUAACAUAAAAAUGUACUUGCAAGCCAAAUAAUUGUACAUUUAGAAAAGAAAAAGAAAAAUUAAGGUGCCUGGAAACUGUAGGCAUAGAUAAUUAGUUUGAACUUUGGGCCAUGUAGGGAAGAUGUUAUAGAAUCACAAAAUGUGAGAGCUCGAGGGGACCUUUGAUAACAUCUAAUCCAGGCUUUUCAUUGUAUAGUUUAGAAACUGAAACCCCUAAAAGAUUGUAUGGCUUGUCCAAUACCACACAACUUGUUGAAAUUGGCAAGUUAAACUAAGAGAAGAACCCAAGACAUCUCAGACCUCAUGUUCUUUCUUCUGAAUGAUACUGCCAUUGUAUACUGUUUGUUUUAGGUAGAUCCUACAUCCAGACCUGAAAAGUCAUUUUCCAUCUCCUUCAUUUGCUACUGAUAAUAUUAACUAGACCAGAAGACACCCCCACAUACAUAACAUGUGCACACACACACACACCAAAAUUACCUGCCAAAGAACUUAAUAGGAGCCUCCUAUCUUUAGGCAAGGCUGCCCUUUGACCUAGAGAGUGAAAGACUUAGAAACCUAAACCUUCAUGAUAAUAAAAUGCAUUUUAGGCUAGGGAUCUAAUAAAAUUACUAUAGGGUGGGAAUGGGGCCAGUCUAGUUUAUGUAACUGCCACAUCAUACGUGUGGGCUUAUCGGUUUCAUUAAAAAAUCAGUCUAGCAUGCACACCUUCAAGACACCCAGGCCACAAUAUAGAAUGCAGCUGGGCUCUGUUAAAAGCAAACCCUGUAUUGUCUAUGACACUAUUUAUAUAGUAUGUAAAUUAGGGGUAAAUAUUCACUUCACAAAAAAAAAAAAAAAAAAAGUUUGAUAUUAGAUGCAUUUAAUUGUCAACUUUCCUUGAUUUGUUUUCAAAAUAUUCUUAGAUCUAUGACCAUCUGAUCGACAAACACCUUUUCCGGAAUGCAUCUAUUAUGCAAAGUGAGGCGUACUUUAGAAGUGAAUCACUAACUAAAUUGCAUGGUUCUUUUAAAUGAACUUAAGAAGGUUCCAAGUAAGACUUAGUCUUCCUUACCAAUGGUGUCUUUUAAAACAGAAUACAAUGAUUGGAAAAGUGUUAGAAGAUUGCAGCAAUAUAUUUGUUUCUUUUUUUAGCUUGGGACUAGUUGUGAAGUGCUCUUAAUAUUUUUUUUUCUGCAUUGAGCUCUGUUGAAUCACCUCUUCCUCAAAGCAUCAAAGGAACAGUGCUAAAAUUGGCAAGUUAAUAAGAUGUGAGAAGUAAUUCUGUGUCUUUGAUGUUCCCUGGUCACUUUCACUCAGAAGACUAUAUGUUUCAAAUUGGUUUUCUUCUGAUACAGGAGUUGUGGCCAUUAUCUUGUGACUACUCUCAUCCCUUAGAAUGGUGAGAUCAGUCAUCUUUACCAGCAAUUUAUGUCAGAUUGGCUGGUAAUGUUUAUAAAACUUUAAUCCUAUUUCAUGACUCUUUGAAGCAAAUACUUUUUCUAAAGAAUUGCUUCUCUUGGAUACUGUUAAGCUUUUGCAAGUUUGAAAAAUUCAAGUCACUUUUGAUUAGAUAGAUCUUUCUAAAACAUGUUUGAGACAACACCUUGUCAUCAUUUAAAUUAGGAGAAUGGCAGGCAACUUUUCCAGGCUGUAUGCUUUUGUAUACAUUUUCCUUAUCAACAAGAAGGAUGCUGAAAGGAAAAUAAAUUUCAUGUCACCAACCUAUCUGUACCCUUUGUGGGAAAUAUGUCUGGAGCCAAUCCAGUUUUUACAAAUCAUUUACUCUUUUUCAUCAGUGCUUGUUUACUCUGUACUCAAUUGCUUUUUCUGUAUAUUUGAUACCUGGAUAUUGUCGUUGCUCUCUUUUUCUUCCCAUACAUUAAAAAAAAUGCAGUGUGGUUCUUUCUGUGGAAAUGGGGAUUUUGUUUUAAAUACCCAGAUGCUUCUUAUUGCUGUGAAAUUGCCUGUGUUCCCUUACAAAAACAUUUCUAAUAUAGUUAUAGAGAGGUUUUAUUAUUUCUAAUAUAAAGAAAAUUAUUUUGGUCAGAAUAAUUCUGCCCGUAAUAAGAACUACUGAAUAUCUUGUAGUGAAAGAAAGAUCAUUUGAGGAGGAGAGGGUACAAAAGCAAGCAAUCAUUGCUUUCUCAGACACUGUCCAUGAGGCAAUAGGUAAAACCAAAAAUCAUUCUUUACCCGAUAGCUUGAAUUUUAACUUGUCCCAGUUUGAUUUAUGAUUAAAUUCAUCAAGCAGAUUUAGAUAUAAAUAUUCCUUGAAAUAACUGAUAUAUAUGCAGUUCUAAAUUCAAUUCAAGUGCUUAUUUUAAGAUACUUCAGGUCUUUGGAAAAUGAUAGCUACCAUUAAGACAACUUUCUUCCCUAACGUGUCUCCCAGAACUGUUAAUGAACCAUGGUAAUAUGUUUUAAAAGUCAAUAUUCAAAAUGAUUGCAAUCCCUCUAAUUAUUACAAUUUUUAUUUCACUUCAGGAAGUAAGACAAGGAUAUAGUUAAACUUCGUUCUACCCAUGGAAAUGAAUUUGUUAUUCUUAAUAUAAAUGUCCAGUAAUGUAUGUGAUUUCUGUAAGUUGCUGAAAAAUCUGUGCAUGAGAGUCUUUAAAGAUGACUUCUAUUUUGGUUCUCUUUUUUUUUUUUUUUUUUUUUUUUAAAGAUUUAAGGAAUUUUUUUCCCCAUUUCUCCCUUCCUGCUUCCAAAAAUAUUCAAACAAGUAUUUGAAAGACUUCCUUUUGGGGAAAAGAAAAAGAAAAAAGAAAGAAAGAAAUGUGUGUUGUGUCUCCUGUGAAAGUGAAUUAUUUGUCUGCCCACUGAGUACUCAAUGCUUGUAUGCAGAGUGAAGAGUCAGCCUGCCAUUCUCUGGGUUGCUAUUCUGUACAAUUACUGAUCUUCUCCACUUUUCCUGUUGCAAGCAGCACAUAUUGCACUCCUAUGCCCCUGUAAUCUGCAUCACUGUUGUACUCAGAACAAGUCAAUGAAUAAAGUUUUGUGCUUUAUUCUUAAA